AUGGUUCUCUUAUAUCUGCUAUUUGCAUACCUCGUUACUGGUGCGGUACUAAAAUCGCCGGAUUGUUCUCCCCUCUCUUUCAGAAUUCCCUCACCAUUUGGCACAAAGAUCCAAAGCAUCACAGCCUCUCCAGUCAACAAUUAUAGCAUAUUCGUACCUCAAAAUGGAGCAAACCCUACUGCCAGCACAAAUUUCACAGACCUCAGUUUCUGCAAUGUCACCGUUACUUACACUCAUCCGGGCCAGAAGGGCAAGAUUCAUGUCCGAGUCUGGCUCCCCUUUGAGUGGAAUGGCCGUUUUCAAGGAUCCGGUGGCGGUGGAUGGGCAGCGGGUCUGGGUGCCAUGUCUCUCGCACCUGGAGUUGCUCUUAAAUACGCGACAGCGACAACCGACGCUGGUCACAGUGAGACUGAUCUCAUAGAGUUUUGGGCACUCGACAGUCCAGGAAAUGUGAACCUCAACGCCUUGCAAGAUUUCGCAGCAACUGCGCUCGGCGACAUGGCUGCUAUUGGGAAGGCUGUCACCAGGAGAUUUUACAACAAAGCUGCCAAGUACUCGUACUGGAAUGGCUGCUCAACAGGUGGAAGAGAGGGCUUCAUGCUCGUACAGCGUUUCCCAGAGGCGUUUGAUGGCGUGCUGGCAUUCUCUCCUGUAAUAAACUGGGCUCAAGUACCGACUUCGACCUACUGGCCUCAACAAGUCAUGAAGGACUUGAAUUAUUACCCAUUGCCGUGUGAAAUGGCAGCAAUCACAGCUAGAGCGAUCCAGGCCUGUGACGAGCUGGAUGGUGUCAGAGAUGGCAUUAUCUCUCAUCCAGACCAAUGCAAAUUUGAUGCUCAUAGCUUGAUGGGUAAAUCAUUCAAUUGUGGUGGAAGAACUCUACAAUUUUCGUCUCAAGCAGCAACAAUCGCCAACGCUGCUUGGAAUGGGCCGCGUUCCCCUAGCGGCUCACAGCUUUGGUACGGCAUUGGCAAGGAAGCUCGACUCAUGGGUAUCGCAAACACAACCUGCACAGGCGACACAUGCACUGGGGCACCAUUGCAGCUUGGUGCGGAUUGGAUCAAGUACUUCCUUGCUAAGGAUCCACAAUUCUCAUUUGCAAACAUGACUCAAGCAAAGUAUGCACGUCUAUUCCACAAUUCUGUCCAACAAUACGAAUCCAUUAUCGGGACAGAUGAUCCCGACCUUUCAGAAUUCCGUGAAGCAGGCGGUAAGAUGAUUGCUGUGCACGGCCUCGCGGACGAGCUUAUCCCUGUGAGUGGCACGAUCGACUACUAUAACGAUGUUGAGGCAGGGGACAAAAAAGUCGCAGAGUACUUCCGCUUUUUUGCUGCUCCAGGAAUGGCACAUUGCGCGUCAUAUGUCGGUCCGUACCCAAAAGAUGCCCUGGCUUCGCUUGUUGCCUGGGUCGAGAGAGGUCAGGCGCCUGAUACGCUUGAGGCAAUUGAUCCCAAGGGCGAAAUUGUUAGAGACCUCUGUGCAUACCCGAAACAACAAUUGUAUAUUGGAGGAAACCCUAAAAAAGCCGGGAGCUUCACAUGUUCUAGAUAA